UGCCCCAGCCACUGCAUCGCGGCCCUCAUCCAGCUCAACCACACCCGGCACGGCCCGGCGCUGGAGGACUGCGACUGCGCGCAGGACGAGAACUGCCGCGCCACCAAGCGCGCCAUCGAGCCCUGCCUGCCCCGCACCAGCAGCGGCGGCGGGUCCGGUGGCCCCGGCGGGCCCGGCGGCGGGCCCGGCGGGCCCGGCGUGAUGGGCUGCACGGAGGCGCGGCGGCGCUGCGACUGGGACAGCCGCUGCAGCCUGGCCCUCAACCGCUACAUGACCUACUGCGGGAAGCUGUUCAACGGGCUGCGCUGCACGCCGGAGUGCCGCGCCGUUAUCGAGGACAUGCUGGCCGUGCCCAAGGCCGUGCUGCUCAACGACUGCGUCUGCGACGGGCUGGAGCGGCCCAUCUGCGAGUCGGUCAAGGAGAACAUGGCCCGCCUCUGCUUCGGCGCCGAUAUGGGCGGCAACGGCGCCGGCAGCAGCGGCGGCUCGGACGGCGGCCUGGAGGAGUACUACGACGAGGACUACGAGGAGGAGCCCAGCCAGAAGGGGAGGGACGACGCGGAGGACAAUGCGGGCUCCGAGCCCGGCUUCCCCGUGCAGGCGGAUAGCGCCGGCCGGCCCGCCGCCGCCGCCUGGGCGCUGCUGGCCUCCAUCUUGCUGCCGCUGCUGCCGCGGCUCUAGCGCCUCGGCUUCCCUCCCUCCGCCACGACGGGCCGGCCUUCACCUCCUGGCGGCCCCCCCCCUCUCCUUCUCCCGGCGGCGGGACGGGAACCGGCCGGCGGGGCCGUUUAAAACGCUCCGACCGUUAAUCCUCACAGCCUUAGGCCGGGCGCCCCCUUUGCCCCGCGUCGCCAGGAAGGCGGAGACCCCCCCCCCCGCCCCUCACCACACACACACGCUCCGGCACGGCCUGGCCUCCCCGGCGGCCUCCCCGCGGGGUCCUGGGCGGUGUAACCGGAGGGGAGCGGGGGCUGCCGCCCGCCCGGUGUUUCCCCGGUGUCGGUCUGGAGUGUGCACUAUGCAAUUGCCGCCCUCCGGCCUCGGAGGGGCUGAGGGAGGAACGGCGGCUCCCCGCUGCCGCCCGCCGGCCCUCCCCCCCCCUUUCCCCGGCCCCGGGAGAAGGCAGGAGUCGUGGCAUGCUGGUAGUGACUUUUUUUUUUUAUUUGAUUUGUUUUGUUUUGUUUUGUUUUGUUUUUUUUUUUAAUACUCGUUUUGACAUGAAGGUUAGCAGGAGGUGAGCUACCCAAACUUGCUGCCAAAGCCGGUGCCGUGCGGGUGAGGCGGCCGCGCCAUUCGCCUUGGGCCGCCUCUGGCUGCUGGUGCCCGGGAGGGGGCUGCGCCGCAUCUGCCGCUAAUUAAAUUCAAGGAAAUAGCAGACUGAAUAAAUUCUGUGGUUUACAGCACUCCCUCUUGCACACGCAUCUUCCCUAUAACAAAAGCGUGCCAGCAGCCGUCUCUUCCACUUAA